CGGGAGCAUUCCAUAAAUUUCUGGAUGAUCCCUGUGCGUUUUGUGCCAAAACUCCAAUAUUCCGAUCAAAAAAUGAUCGCUUGCGCAAAAAGGGGGGGCAUCCCCAACCUUCUUACAAGUCAUGAUCAUCAUCCGGGGCCACUCCAUCGUAACUUGUCGUUAGCAUUUACAGCCAUACCCGUCAACAUCGUAUAGGUGGUUGCAUCGAUAGUUCAAUCCAGUUCUCGACCCAAAUUCGGAGCACAUAUCACGUCUCUCGACGAUGGAGACGCCUCGUAGUUACCAGUCGGACGCCGACAUCGACCAGGACGUCGAGAAAAAGGUCCCUUACGAUGGCGACAUCGUCUACCCAUCAGCAACGACCGACUCGGACCAUGCGCCCGUCAUGCGCCGUCACCUCAAGUCCCGCCAUAUCGCCUUUAUCGGUCUGGGAGGUGGGAUCGGCGUGGGCCUGUUCGUCGGCGUGGGAAAAGGUCUCUCCGUGGCCGGCCCCUUGGGUCUGUUCCUCGCGUUUACCAUCAUGGGAGCUAUCAUGUGGGGAGUGCUUCAGGGUGCGGCAGAGAUGGCAGCGGUGAUACCCACUGCAGGAGGUUUCCCUCAUUUCGCCGCGAGGUUCAUCGACCCGGCGCUCGGUUUCGCACUCGGAUGGAACUACGCCGUCGGGUACGCCCUAUCCGUAGCUAGCGAACUGAGCGCAUGUGCGAUCAUCAUCUCCUACUGGUCCGACCUGAACGCCGCCAUCUGGAUCGCCAUCCUCUGUAUCCCAUUCUUGGUGCUCAACAUGCUCGGAGUCAAGUUUUACGGUGAAUCCGAGGUCAUCACCGCCAGUCUCAAGGUCAUCACGCUCGUCGGGUUGAUCAUCCUAGGACUCGUCAUCGACCUCGGUGGCGCUCCGAGCGGGGAUAGGAUCGGGUUCCGAUACUGGCAGAACCCAGGUGCGAUGAGAGAACUCCCCGGUGUCGGAGGCGGAGCCAAAGCCAGGUUCCUCGCUUUCUUCAGCGCAUUCAUCAGCGCCGCCUACUCGUACACCGGUACCGAGACGGUCAUCCUCGCCGCCGGUGAAGCUUCCAACCCUUCCAAGCAGAUCCCUCGGGCUGCCAAGCGUGUCAUGUACAGGAUCAUCAUCUUUUACGUCUUGGGAGUGCUCAUCAUCGGUAUGAUUGUACCUUUCAACGAACCUCGUCUUUUGGGAGGGAGCGACAACGCCGCCUCCUCCCCCUGGGUGAUCGCCAUCGAAAAAGCCGGUAUCAAGGUCUUGCCCCACAUCAUCAACGCCGUCAUUCUAACCUCCGCCUGGUCAGCGGGAAACACCUACGUCUUCACCUCCUCCAGAACGCUGUACGGUCUCGCUCUCCAGGGCCACGCGCCCAAAUUCUUCACUUGGAUUAGUAAACAGGGUGUCCCUUGGACCUGUGUUCUUGCCGUCUGGCUGGUCUCGUUGUUGUCCUUCCUCAGUGCUGGAAGUGGUGGAGCUGCUGCGGCAUUCGGAUGGUUGCAGAACUUGACUGCACUGGCCGCACUGAACGCAUGGGCCACCAUCGCCUACGCGGCCGCCAGAAUGAGCCAAGCGUUCAAGAAACAAGGGAUCUCGAGAGAUACGAUUCCCUUCCGAGCCCCACUCUCACCCUGGGUCCAAUACUUUUCCUCGUUCUUCUGUUCGGUCAUCAUCCUCUUUAGCGGGUUUUCCGUGUUCCUCAACGGGAACUGGAGUACCUCGGAUUUCUUCGCCAACUAUAUCAGUCUCUUCCUCUACAUCGCGCCGUAUAUCGGUUACAAGAUCAUCAAGAAGACCAAAUACGUCAGGAGCGCCGAUGCCGACCUCUUCUCAGGCAGACUGAGGCCGGAAGAAGAGUUUGAAGAGAAACCGAGUACAUCGGUGGUCGGACGGGUGUUUGACAGGUUGUUCUAGGGUCAUGCGAGGUCGAGGUAAUUAGAUGUGCUUAGGUCAGAGGAUAUAUAUAAUCAAAUAAUAGAUGCCACAAUAUCACGCAAA